AUGAGACCGCACGCGAGCGUCACCCCGGAGCAGGCGGCCGCCGGCGCCGCGGCUCUCGCGCGGAGGAUCGCGUCGGACCCGGCUCUGGCGGAGAUUCAGCGAAAGAGAGCGGCGCUCCCGGUGGACGAGUUCAAGGGUCAGAUUUUGGAUGCGGUGGCGCGUAACCAGGUUGUGCUGGUGGCGGGCGCCACGGGAUGCGGCAAGACGACGCAGGUUCCCCAGUACCUCAUAGACGACGCGUGGGGCAACGGGAGGGGCGCGACGAUCAUGUGCACGCAGCCGAGGCGAAUAUCGGCCGUCACCGUGAGCGAGCGCGUGGCCAACGAGAGGGGCGAGAACAUCGGAGCCGGGAGCGUCGGAUACCAGAUCAGGCUCGAGACCAAGGCCAGCGCGGACUGCGCGCUGAUGUUUUGCACCAACGGCGUGCUGUUGCGCAGGCUCACCAGCCCCGGCGCGGACAAGAUGCUGGAGUCGCUUUCUCACAUCGUCAUCGACGAGCUCCACGAGCGCGACCUCUUUGCCGACUUUCUCACCAUCGUACUUCGGGGCGUCCUUGCCAGGCACAGGCACCUGCGGCUCGUGCUGAUGUCCGCGACGGUUCGCGAGGAUCUGUUCAGCGACUACUUCGGCGGGUGCCCCGUCAUAAGGGUCCCGGGAUACACCCACCCGGUGGCGGAUUACCACCUGGAGGACAUUCUCAGCCUGGUCGGAUACGGCGGCGGCGGCGGCGGCGGGGUCCACGACUUUGUUUACGCCGCCACGGCGGACCCGGACUCGCCCGAGGGUCAGGCCGUGCAGGCUGCGACCCUGGACGCGGCUGAAGACGAGAUCAGGCGACUGAGCGCGAUGGAGAAUGCCUCGGCGCAAAUGUCGCAGUAUCAGAUCCAGGCGGACCCGGACGAGGUUGACCUGCAACUCGCGCAGGAGCUCAUACACUGGAUCCUCACGCACAGGGCUGGUGAGAUGCAGACGGCGCACGGUGGACCCGCGGGUGCCGUGCUCGUGUUCCUCCCAGGCUGGAACGAAAUAUCGCAGCUCCGCGAUAACAUGGCGGCGGACCCCAGGUUCAGCGACGGCACCACCCUCGUGCUCCCCUUGCACUCCAUGGUCCCGCCCCAGGAUCAGAAGAGGGUGUUCCAGCGCCCCCCGAGGGGCGUGCGCAAGGUUGUCCUCGCGACCAACAUCGCGGAAACCGCGGUGACCAUCGACGACGUCGUCUUUGUCGUGGACUCUGGCCGGCUCAAGGAGAAGUCGUACGACGCUCACACGGGGGUGUCCACGCUUCAGGCGGCGUGGAUCUCCCGCGCGUCCGCGCAGCAGCGACGCGGGCGCGCCGGUCGCGUCCGCCCCGGCGAGUGCUACCGGCUGUACUCCACGGCGAGGAUGUCCUCCUUUGCGGACUUUCAGCUGCCGGAGAUGCAGAGGUCGCCGCUGGAGGAGCUGUGUCUCCAGGUGCGGAUGCUGGCGGAGGCUUCAAGCCUCGGGGGCGAGCGCGGGGGCGGCGCGGCCGCCGUCGGGAUGGGCCAGGGUUCCACCGCCGAGUUUUUACUUCAGGCGGUCGAGCCCCCGAUCCCCCAGGCCAUCUCGCAGGCGGUGGCGCUGCUUCAGGACAUCGGCGCGAUGAAGGACGACGAGGGUCUGACCCGGCUGGGUAGGCACCUCGGCGAGAUGCCGGUGCACCCCCGCGUGGGUAAGAUGCUCCUGUACGCAACCUUACUCGGAGUCCUCGAUCCCGUGUUGACGGUGGCGUGCGCAUCCGCGUACAGGUCCCCGUUCGUCGUGUCCGUGGAC